GACAAGACAACUGUCGGCUGGACCGGAGAGAACUCUACCGCUGCUCCGCUACACACUCCGAUGCCCAAGAGCCUCUGUAGGAUUGUAUGAUACUCUGUAGGAUACUCUCAAGUUAAUGUCCCCGUCGUUAGACUUGUUUUAAUCGUGUCUCGGUUUGGAGAGCUUAUUUCACAAUGAAGGAGAGGAGAAUUCCACAGCCUUUGGUGGUGAGAUGUAAGCUCGUUUUGGUGGGAGACGUCCAAUGCGGAAAAACAGCAAUGCUCCAAGUCCUUGCAAAGGAUUGCUAUCCAGAGACGUACGUGCCUACAGUAUUCGAGAACUACACAGCUGGCCUGGAGCUGGAGGACCAGCGCGUGGAGCUGAGUCUGUGGGACACGUCAGGCUCUCCGUAUUAUGACAAUGUCAGGCCCCUCUGCUACAGUGACUCCGAUGCCGUGCUCCUGUGUUUUGACAUCAGCCGCCCAGACACAGUUGACAGCGCACUGAAAAAGUGGAAGACUGAGAUCAUGGACUUCUGCCCAAACACGCGCAUCCUUCUGAUUGGUUGUAAGACUGACCUCCGCACAGACGUCUGCACACUCAUGGAGCUCUCCAAUCAGAAACAGACGCCUAUCACACAAGAACAGGGCUCGGCCUUCGCCAAGCAGCUGGGCGCGGAGACCUACCUGGAGUGCUCCGCCUUCACGUCGGAGAAGAGCAUCCACAGCGUGUUCCGCAUGGCGGCGCUGGCCGCACUCAACAAGCUGCAGGCGCCUCCCAAGCCCAGCCCCGCCCGCCGCCUCUCCAAACGACUGCUGCACCUGCCCAGCAAGUCCGAGCUGCUCGCCUCCACCUUCGGCAAGGAGAAGGCCAAGAGCUGCUCCAUCAUGUGAACACUGCCUGUCUGCUGCCUCAUGAGCUAGUCAGCUGACCGCUAAACAAAAGAAAAACGAAGCAACGGAGGAAAAAAAUCAAAAGCAAGUAAAUAAACUGACAAGCUUAUGUGUGGUGUAAUAUAGCUUCAUCCUAAUUUAUUAAUUGAAAGAGUAUUUCUACAUUGUUUUUUCUUUGUUUUCUAUUUUACAUUUGUAAUUUUUUGGGUUGAAAUUCUAUUUUUGAUGGUGUUGAAUCAUCGUGCCCUGCUCCUGGCUCAUAUGUUGUUUUUUCUGUGUCUCCUAAUUUAAAAAUAAACCAUGCCUUUGUUCAACACACU